AUGGGUCUUGAGCAACCAGAUAUAAAAGUGACUGAAAGGUACAACGUGAGUAUUCCGAAAUACAAGCCUGAGCAUCAAAUAGUAUUUAUUAAAACCCAUAAGACUGCCAGUACAACUACAUCCACCAUCAUAUUGCGAUAUGGCUAUAUCCGGGAAUUAUCAGUCGCCCUCCCGCUGCAUCAUAAGAAAAAAAUUUCAAUCAAGAAACUGUUCACCGCUGACCAAGUGGAAGGAUACUCACGCGGCACCAAAGAGUUCAAUCUCAUUGCAUUCCACUUGCGUUACAACCACAAGGAACUGGACAAAGUAGUGCCUGGGGCAAGGUAUAUAACUAUACUGCGGGAACCGGCUGCACAAUUUGAGUCGGCUUUUGGCUAUUUUGAGAUAGCGAAGCAUUUUGGUUUGGAGGGUACUUCAAACCCUCUUGCUGUAUUCAUGAAGUCACCAGAUCAAUACUAUUCUUAUAGGAGCGCCUUUUUUAAAGGGAAGUACCAACUUCGAAAUGGUAUGGCAUUCGAUCUCGGGUUGCCGCAUAAUAUUCACACGAAACCUGACAAAGUCAUUCAAUGGAAAAUUGCUCGCUUGGGGAAAGAAUUUGACCUUGUCAUGUUGACAGAUUAUUACGAUGAAUCGUUGUUACUACUCAAAAAAUUACUUUGCUGGAAAUGGCAUGAUAUCCUGUACAUUCCAAAAGGAAUCCGAAGCAAAAGUCAUAAGUACGCCCUCAAUCAGUCUUUGACAGAGAGUAUACGGAAAUGGAACAGCGUUGACGUGGCAAUGUACAAUCACUUUAAUAGAACGUUUUGGCGGAAAAUUGCAGAAUAUGGGCCAGAAUUUCAAAGCGAUCUGUUAGAAUUCAGAAAUCGCCAGGCAGAAUUUUACGACGAAUGCAUCAGCCCCCAGUUAUCUCAAAGAGACCAAAGGGAGACAGGACUCACGUUAAAGGAGAGCGCUUCAAAAUACUGUGAAUUGUCUUAUUAUAGAAUCAAUCAAUACAACUCUAUGAUUCACAAGCAGAAAAAAUACCUUUAA